UUCCCGGUCGGCUUCUGGCCCAGGGUGCCAGAGCUCUGGGUCCUCGUGGUCGGAGCCGAGUGUGUGCGAGGGCUUCUGAACCGUUUGCGAGGCGGGGUUCGCGGAGAGGCCGUUGGAUUCGCCGCAGGUAAAACCGUUCCUGUGCCGUUUCCGCCCCGGCGCAGAGCGGAAGGCCUCCGCGGGUGUCGAGGGCUCGGUGCCUCCAUCAUGGACUACCGGCGGCUCCUGAUGAGCCGGGUGGUCCCCGGGCAGUUCGACGACGCCGAUUCCUCCGACAGUGAAAAUGUAAAUUUGAAGAUAAUCAAAGCGGAAGAUGGCAUUCUGUUUGAAGACUUUCAAAACAAUGUGACUAAGAAGAGUGAAAGUGAGAUAAAAGUUGAAGAGGAAGAAGAGGAGGACUAUGAUGAUGACAGUGAUUGGGAUUGGGAUGAUGGAGUUGGAAAACUCACCAAGGGUUAUGUCUGGAAUGGAGGGAGUAACCCACAGGCAAAUCGACAGAUUUCCAACUACAGUUCAGCCAGAAUGUCUACUCCAGCUGACAAAGUCUUACGGAAAUUUGAAAAUAAAAUUAAUCUAGAUAAGCUAAAUGUUACUGAUUCUGUCAUAAAUAAAGUCACGGAAAAAUCUAGACAAAAGGAAGCAGAUAUGUAUCGCAUCAAAGAUAAGGCAGACAGAGCAACUGUAGAACAGGUUUUGGAUCCCAGAACAAGAAUGAUUUUAUUCAAGAUGUUGACUAGAGGAAUCAUAUCAGARAUAAAUGGCUGCAUUAGCACAGGAAAAGAAGCCAAUGUAUACCAUGCUAGCACAAUAAAUGGGGAAAGUAGAGCAAUCAAGAUUUAUAAAACUUCUAUCUUGGUGUUUAAAGAUCGGGAUAAGUAUGUAAGCGGGGAAUUCAGAUUUCGUCGUGGCUAUUGUAAAGGAAACCCUAGGAAAAUGGUGAAAACAUGGGCAGAAAAAGAAAUGAGGAACUUAAUCAGGUUAAACACAGCAGAGAUACCAUGUCCAGAACCAAUAAUGCUAAGAAGUCAUGUUCUUGUCAUGGGUUUCAUUGGUAAAGAUGAUAUGCCUGCACCACUCUUGAAAAAUGUCCAGUUAUCAGAAUCUAAGGCUCGGGAGUUGUAUCUGCAGGUUAUUCAACACAUGAGAAGAAUGUAUCAGGAUGCCAGACUUGUCCAUGCAGAUCUCAGUGAAUUUAACAUGCUGUACCAUGGUGGAGAUGUGUACAUCAUUGAUGUUUCUCAGUCUGUGGAGCAUGACCACCCACAUGCCUUGGAGUUCUUGAGGAAAGACUGUGCCAAUGUCAAUGAUUUCUUUUUGAAGCAUGCUGUUGCUAUCAUGACUGUGCGGGAGCUCUUUGAAUUUAUCACUGACCCUUCCAUUACACCUGAGAAUAUGGAUGAUUAYCUCUCAAAGGCCAUGGAAGUAGCAUCUCAAAGGACCAAGGAAGAAAGGUCUAACCAAGAUCAUGUGGAUGAAGAGGUGUUCAAGCGUGCAUAUAUUCCUAGAACCUUGAAUGAAGUAAAAAAUUAUGAGAGGGAUAUGGAUAUAAUGAUGAAGCUGAAGGAAGAGGACAUGGCCAUGAACGCUCAACAGGACAAUAUUCUAUAUCAAACUGUCACUGGAAUGAAGAAAGAUUUAUCAGGAGUUCAGAAGGUUCCGGCACUCCUAGAAAAUAAAGUUAAGGAGAAGACUUGUUCUGAUUUAGAAGAUACUGGAAGCUCUGAAUGCUCUGACGCAGACUCUGAAGAGGAGGGAGACCGUGCUCACUGCAAAAAGCACCCCACUGACCCCAACAUUGAUAAGAAGGAAAGAAAAAAGAUGGUAAAGGAAGCCCAGAGAGAGAAAAGGAAAAACAAAAUCCCUAAACAUGUGAAAAAAAGAAAGGAGAAGACAGCCAAAACCAAAAAAGGCAAAUAGAGUGAGAGCUCUAUCRUGUAGUCAUUUUCCUUCAGCUGCUUUCUCACCUGAGCUCGGAGCUGCAGCUGGAAGAUGGCUUCUUGAUUUUAACCGAGCAGUUAUUAUGGCACCAUUUGUGAAGACUGAUUYGAAUGUUUUUCCUGUAAUUAUGUAAAAAGCCCUAAGUUCUCAUGUCCAGAUCCAGUCACUGACACUGUCUGGUACUGACAGAGGAUUUGUCUAAGCUACUAUUUUAAUGAAGAACUUGGUACAUUUUUAUUUUUAUAUUUUUUUCUCUUGCAAAUCUGUUUUUAGAAGUAUCAUAAAAUAUUUAAAUAUUCCAUGACCUUUAUGUCAGUAUAAAGGCACUUUAGACAAACUUGGGAAAAUCAUUUUUGCUUUCUUUAUACUUGCCAAAAACAUCUGAAAUCAUUUGGUUAUAAGGCCAUGUUUUAUAUAAAAGGGAGCUUUGCUCAUAAGAAAAUUCAGUUGACCACUGAUGUAAUCGUUCACUGCAACUCUGUUCUUGGAUAGGAGAGAGAAAGCCUGUGGAGGUGUGAGGGUUUGCAAUUCAAAAUAGGUUUCUUGGGUCAUGCGUGGUGGUGCAUAYCUGUAAUCCCAGAARUUUGGGAGACUGAGGAAGGAGGAUCACAAGUUCAAAGCCAGCCUUGACAACAGUAACCCUGUUUCAAAAUAAAAAGGGCUGGGGAUAYAGCCCAAUGGUAAAGUGCCCCUGGAUUCAUUGUCUAGUACCACAUGGAAAGGGAGCAGGGUGACUUUGGGGCUGGGGUGUGUAGCUCAGAGGUAGAGCUCGCCUAGUAUGUGUGAGUCCUUGAGUUUUAUUCCAAGCACUAACAGAAGUGGGGACGGGUAGGCCAUAUUAUUGAGAUGUGAUAUUUGAACAAGUACUUAAAAGAAUCUGAAUCAGGUGCAUGUCAGGAGGGAAAAGCAUUCCAGACAAAGUGAAGAUACAGGGAGAAAGUAGUAGAUGAGUUCAGGUAGUGUAAGGCUAUAGGAGAGUUUUGAGCAGAGGAAUGGUAUGAUCUGACUUCUGUCUUAAAAGGAUCACUCUGGCCUCUUGAAGCCAGAUCAGGAAGCAAGGGUGGGAGGUGGUUGAGUAUGUUUGUUGUGGUAACCCAGGUAAGAGAUGCUGAUGGCUGGGUCUAGGAUGGUAGCAGUGGAUAUGGAGAGAAGGAGUUGGAUAUGCUAAGGGAACAGUUGAGGAGUAGGAGAGAAAGUGAAGGGUGACUUUGGGGUUUAUGACCUAAGAAGCCACUGAGMUAAUUGUAGUUGCUACUUAAUUGAUGGGAAGAAAUGUAGGUGGAGCAAGCUUGGGAUAGGAGAGAGAAAGAAAAAAUCUUAUAUCUCAACACUGUGCAAAUAUUGAWAUUAUCAGGUUCAAAAAUUUAUUUUUCCAUACUUCAUGUUUAAAUUAAAAAGGGCUAUUUUAAACAUUGCUUUCAGAAACUUUCUAUAUAAAAGUUCGUUUCCCCUUAAACCUGUACCUGUUUGUUUGAUGGUGGAUUAUUGAGGGGAAUCAAUGGAGCUCUUAAAAUUGAAGUCCAAUUUUAUUAUAUUCAAAAUAAUCCUCCCUUCCUGACCCGUAAGUUCAAAAUAUGAAACACAAUUUCAGUGAAACAAAAAAGUAGCCCCUUUAAAAUAGUCCACAGUGAACAUAACAAGAAAAUCCAAGAACAGUCUGAGCAACUCACACAUUUGGGAAGUUCACCUUCAUGAUCUUACAGUUCUUAUGAUUCCAACAUGGUUGUUCACAUCAAGUGGGUGAUUUCUUAGGCUGCCUUUUGCUCAAUCUAAUGUGCUUUCUCAGUGGAAUUAAUUCCACUUGACCAAAAGUUAAUAGGAUUGAGGGAGCAAUUCAUUGUCUUACAUUGCUGUUGGGAGGAAAUGGCUUAUAAAACAUCAAGAUUUGGAAGCGCAGGGACGUUCCAACCUGAGAGCCAUUUUUCUGAUAACCUGCCACUGUGGUGGCUGUUUCCGUUUGUGUUCUGAGCCAGAAGACUAUGACUGAGUGAUAAGCAGUGAUAUUAGUGUUGCCAAACUUGUCUGAAGAUAAAUUUCCCUUGUUCGUGCUCAUCAGAAGGCUUGGGUAUAGGAACCUAAUUUGUAGGCAAACAAAACUACUGAUACAGCCUACUUGUUGACUUUGAUUACUAUUGAAUUUUGAUUGCUUGGCCAUUGGGUUUUGGUGUUAAUGGAUUGUUGGCUGUACUGUCCAUUUGGAAGGAUGAGGUUUGGGUCUUUGGGUGCAAUGUUAAGGACAUAAUUUUGCCAAUUGCAGAUGUAUCUGAUUUUUUCUAUCAUAUUUUACUAAUUUCUUAUUCCUCCAAAUAAUGCAGAUGUUUUUAAAAGUUCCUAGGAGAAAUCUGGUUAAUUUCUUUGAAGCCUGAGGUCACACAACUUUCCUAUGCUGCUGUCAUUCUCACUCUUCCAUCAACAAAGCAGUUUGGGGACAGAACUUUGCUCAGUCUGGAGGUUCCGUCCUCUGAGUAUGAUCUUUGAGUGAAGCGGGGAUGAGGGAGGAAAUGGAGCAGCUUUUUGCUGCAGUCUGGUCAAGCAUGAUUCUGUGGUUCUUGGCUCACAUCAAGUUUUCUUCAGCUUUAUGACUUAAUGAAGAUGGACUCAAGAUGUUGAAAACUUUAUAGUGUGGUACAAAGAGUUCUUUGAGAACUUCUCUCCAUGAGUACUCUGUUUAAUUCUGUACUAGGGAGAUUGUUCCUUGGCCUAUCCAAUUUUAUGGUUGUGAUCUCAUUAAACUUUUGGCUCAGAAAAUGAAGAGAUGAAAUAAGAGAUGCAAAACCUUUUCAUUUUCAAAACCUUGACAGGUUUUCUAAUUUUCAGUUGUCUAUGCACAUUAAUAAAGAUCUUGAACAGAAGAACUUGCUUUGAUUUCUGAGGUUGACGAUGGAAGAGUUGUAAGGAUCAGCAACAAGAUCAGGUUCUAUUUGAGUGUAACUACCUGUGAAGACUUUGUGGCCACAUAGAAGGGAUAAGUUUUCACCUAUGGGGCUCAUAAGCCAGAGCACUCCACUUCUUCUAUCCUUCAAAUAGAUUGGGUUAUUAUAUUCCUGACAUUUCAGCUGGAGKUUUUAAUUUUUGUACUUUUUGAGUUUGUAUUUCCUUGAAUAUGAAGACUUCUAGAAGUGAUCCAGGGGAAACUACAAUGUUGGGUAUCAGAUAUUUAAGCUGGUUUCCUAAGGAAGAGAUUGUUGUUAAAUCUGUGCCUACAGAGAUUUUAAUCCCAGUUGGUGGGAUUGUGGAAGGCCCUGGAUUAGAAUUUGGAAACCCGGGAYUGCAUUUGUGGAUUUAUUGACUUUGGUUUCCAGCUUGCUUUAAUUUUCUGUGCCACUCCACAUCUUUCUGCUUUGGUUGCUGGUUGGUCAUGGUCAUGAGAUAGCCCUGUGCAAGUGAGACUAGCCACACUGCCACAUAGUCCUUUUUUUUUCAGGAGGGCAAGGGGGUCUUCUGACAUGAGYAGAGCUAUUUCCAAUUCUCUGAGAUAGGGUUUCCAUGUCUUUAGUGCUGCUUAAAUACUGAUCAGCUUUUAUCUUCAGAUGAACCUUUAGCCUGUGCACAUUAUGCAGUCAUCUUGGAGCCCUAUAAUUCAGCAGUGAAAAGUGAUGGCAGGUCCUCUGGGGCCAAAACAUUGUUGAAGUCUGAUUGCUACAGUGCUAAGCUGGAGAAGCAAGAUUGCCAGUGUUAAGCCAGAGAAGCAGGAGGUCAGAAUAGGGGUUUAAAGUUGCUGUACAAAAGUACAAAGAGAGGGUCGCCCUUGCURGGAGUGGUCAGGAACAAGUGACYGAGGUGGAAUAACAGAUAAGCACAUUGAAGGCAAGAGAAUCAGACACCUGGCCUGGGGUUGGAAAGGGCAUCUGUGUUCYCAUAGGCAUGAUGUGAGAGUCACUGAAAGACCCUGGGAGUCAGAGGAAGUAGGUGGGGGAGGGGCAGCAUGAUAGCCUGCAGUGCAGAAGGGAAGUGAGUGGCCCCUGAGGAUAUGACACAGGUUACUUGCUAGAGAGCCAGGGGAAAGGGAACUAUCAGAAAAUGCAGGGAUAAAAAGCUUUUUGUUAGUGUCUGACCAUGAGUUGGAAGAGGACUGUGGGGUAGUUUCAGGGAUUAGAAGAAUAGGAAAGGAAGUCUGUUUUUUACUUAACUUGAAUUGCAGAUCCUUUUAGAGGGGUUGGGUGCAUCAGUUUCUCAGAUCCUAAUCCCAUUCAGGAUGCUGUAACCACUGUGGAGAUAGGGGUACCUCUGUACUUAGAUGUAGCCAGUGGUUUAUAGGAUACAGGAACAGGGUACAUGUUACUAGGAGGAUACAGUCAACCAAAUUCAGAAUAAGGGAAAGACCAUAAGAAAGGYGGGUGUGUUGGCUCAUGCCUGUGAUUCCCAGCAACUCCGAAAACUGAGGCAUKAGGAUCUCAAGUUCAAGGCCAGCCUUAGCAACUUAGUGAGAUCCUAAGCAACUUAGUAAAACCUUGUCUCAAAAUUUU